AUGUCUGUUCCUUCUGCUCCUUCUUCUCACUACCUGCUAAUGGAGGAAGAAGAAUCUUACUUUGAAACCCUUCUAUGGCAUGCUUGUGCUGGUCCUCUCACUUCACUUCCCAAGAAAGGCAAUGUAGUUGUGUAUUUCCCACAAGGUCAUUUGGAGCAAGAUGCUAUGGCUUCAUAUUCGUCUCCUCUUGAAAUCCCUAAAUUUGACCUUAACCCUCAAAUCUUCUGCAGGGUGGUUAAUGUUCAGUUGCUUGCUAAUAAGGAAACUGAUGAGGUCUAUACUCAAGUUAGUCUCCUUCCACUGCAAGAGUUUUCAAUGCUAAAUGCGGAGGGGAAAGAGGUUAGGGAGUUAGGAGGGGACGAAGAGAGGAACGGAAGCUCAACCAUCAAACGAACACCUCAUAUGUUCUGCAAAACCUUAACAGCUUCUGACACAAGCACCCAUGGAGGCUUCUCUGUACCUAGAAGAGCCGCUGAAGAUUGUUUUGCUCCUCUCGACUACAAACAGCAGAGGCCAUCUCAAGAGCUCAUUGCAAAAGACCUCCAUGGAGUAGAGUGGAAGUUUCGGCAUAUUUAUAGAGGUCAACCAAGGAGACAUCUGCUCACCACUGGUUGGAGUAUAUUCGUCAGUCAAAAGAAUCUCGUCUCUGGUGAUGCGGUUCUCUUUCUAAGAGACGAAAAUGGAGAGCUGAGAUUAGGAAUCAGAAGAGCAGCACGGCCAAGAAACGGACUUCCUGACUCGAUCAUUGAGAAGAAUCUAUGUUCGAACAUUCUGUCUCUUGUGGCUAAUGCUGUGUCUACCAAAAGCAUGUUUCAUGUGUUCUACAGUCCACGUGCGACACACGCAGAGUUUGUGAUUCCUUAUGAGAAGUAUAUUACAAGCAUCAGGAAUCCGAUUUGCAUAGGCACACGAUUUAGAAUGCGAUUUGAGAUGGAAGACUCUCCUGAGAGAAGAUCCGCUGGCGUAGUGACUGGAGUCUGUGACUUGGACCCGUAUAGGUGGCCAAACUCAAAAUGGAGGUGUUUGUUGGUGCGAUGGGAUGAGUCUUUUGUGAGUGAUCACCAAGAAAGAGUUUCCCCUUGGGAGAUUGAUCCUUCGGUAUCUCUCCCACCCUUGAGUAUUCAGUCAUCUCCAAGGCCUAAAAGACCAUGGGCAGGUCUACUGGAUACUACUCCAACCGGAAACCCCAUUACCGAAAGGGGUGGUUUUAUGGACUUUGAGGAGUCGGUUAGACCCUCUAAGGUCUUGCAAGGUCAAGAAAAUAUAGGUUCUGCAUCACCCUUACAGGGAUUUGAUGUUAUGAACCGCCGGAUACUGGAUUUUGCGAUGCAGUCUCAUGCAAAUCCAGUUCUUUUAUCGGGUAGAGUGAAGGAUCGAUUUGGUGAGUUUGUAGAUGCUACGGCCCUGGACCCAGCCUGUUCAGGUGUUAUGGACCUGGAUAGAUUUCCAAGGGUCUUGCAAGGUCAAGAAAUUUGCUCGCUUCGAUCAUUCCCUCAAAUUGCUGGUUUCAAUCCAGCUGCUGCUUCAGGGAAGCCUAAUCUUGGAUACACUGAUCCCUUUGCUUAUCAAGCCAACAAGUCAAGUUUCUAUCCGCUAGCAUCGCAAGGGAUUAGGAGCACUCACAUUCCAUACCAGAACCAAUACAAUGCAGGAGACAAAUCCUCGGGUGGCCCUUCUGGCGCAAUAAACUUUAGUAGAGAGACUGGAAAGUUUGAUGCACAAAAUGAAGGUGGGCUACCAAAGAAUGUUACAGCUGAUUUGCCAUUCAAGAUUGGUAUGACGGGAAAGCAGAAAGGCGACGACUUUAAAAUGAAUGCUUCAUCAGGCUGUAAACUUUUUGGAUUCUCCUUACCCGUGGAGACACCUGCAUCUAACCCGCAAAGCUCGAGCAAAAGGAUCUGCACAAAGGUUCACAAGCAGGGAAGUCUGGUGGGGAGAGCCAUUGAUUUGUCCCGACUAAAUGGGUACAAUGAUCUCCUUACCGAGCUUGAACGGUUGUUCAACAUGGAAGGGCUUCUCAGGGAUCCGGAAAAAGGAUGGAGGAUCUUGUACACCGAUAGUGAGAACGAUAUGAUGGUUGUUGGCGAUGAUCCAUGGCAUGAUUUUUGCAAUGUGGUGUGCAAGAUCCACUUAUACACGAAAGAGGAAGUGGAGAAUGCGAAUGACGAUAACAAGAGUUGUUUAGAACAAGCAGCUCUCAUGAUGGAAGCAUCAAAGUCAUCUUCUGUGACUCAGCCAGAUUCCUCUCCAACGGUCACUAGGGUUUGA